CAAUUAAUAUCAGCUUAUCGAUGUUAUAUUCCGUGAUUUACUAGAAAAAUAAUUGGUGUUCUGACCAGAGCUUAUUAUAAUUGAAAAAAGUCGCACUGAAAUUUACCAAUUAGUUCACUUGUGUAAGGAAGAGAACUCCGGCGACAUGGCUUACAACCUUGAAUCCCUUGUCCAAAUCCUAGAGCAGUUCCUGUACCCUGAUCAUCACCAGCCUCUUUGGGUUCUUGACUCUGACAAGAAACCACAAAUGAAAACCCUCUUACAAAAGGUCUAUUUCUUCAAAGAUCUUUUCGAAAAUUCUUCUUCAGCAGUGAGUGGUUAUAGAAGACGAGGUUUGGAGAGUCGAAUCAGAGAUAUAGCAUAUAAGGCAGAAGAUGUUGUUGAAUCUCACCUCGUGGAUCAACUUCUUUCAUGUGGGGAAGGUGAGAGCUUCAUUUUCUCACCUCCAGAUCUUGAGAAACUAAUUGAGGACUUUGACUCUGCAAACAAAGAUAUGAUGUCGAGCAUGGAAGAAAGUGAGAUGCAGCUCAAGUAUCGACUCACGGGGGGAGGAUCUAAACUUGAGGUCAUUCCAAUUGUGGGCAUGGGAGGUAUUGGUAAGACUACUUUGGCCCGAAAUCUUUAUAAAGAUCGACUUGUUAGUGUGCACUUUGAUGUUCGAGCAUGGGCUACAAUAUCACAAGACUAUGAUGUGGGAAAGAUUCUACUAGGCCUCCUUCGCCUUGUUACUAGACGACCCACAUAUGAAAUGCUUCAAAUGGGAAAUGAGGAAUUAGGUCAACGUCUGUAUCGAACUUUGUUUGGUCGGAGAUAUCUGAUUAUUUUAGAUGAUAUGUGGAGUAGCUCUUCUUGGAAUGAUAUAAGAAUGUUCUUUCCGGAUAAUGACAAUGGAAGUCGGAUCAUUAUCACCACCAGGAAUUCGAGCUUGGCUAAUUUCAUUGCCUUCCGGAGUCCACAUCACAACAUGCAAUUUCUAAAAGAUGAUGAAAGCUGGAAUCUUAUACAUCAAAAGGUAUUUGCACCUGGAGAGAUUUGCUCUCCUGAAUUGGAGUCAAUCGGGAGAAAAAUUGCAUACAACUGUAGAGGCCUUCCUCUUACAAUUUCUUUGAUUGGUGGACUUCUAUCUUAUGCAAAGAGAAGGCAAGAUUUCUGGGAGCAAGUUGCAGAGGAUUUAAGUUCGAAUAGAGCUGAUGUGGACGAAGAAAUCCUCGAUAUAUUAUCUCUGCCUUACAAUUAUUUACCUUAUUAUCUUAAACCAUGUCUCCUUUAUAUGGGUGCUUUCCCAGAAGAUUCUGAGAUCGAUGCCUCUAGACUCAUCAAAUUGUGGGUGGCAGAGGGAUUUUUGAAACCAAUUUCAGGGAAAAGAUUGGAGGAGGCUGCCGAGAUGUACCUAAAGGCUCUCAUUGACAGAAAUCUUAUUUUUAUCCGACAACAAAGUCCUCAAGGGAAUGUGAAGAGCUGCGGCAUACAUGAUCUCUUGAGGGACCUGUGUGUGAAGAAAGCUUAUGAAGAGAACUUUCUAUCCAUCAAGCGAAGGCAUAUCCUAGGAGACUUAUGUUCACGUCGUGUCUGUGUUCAUAGCAUUCGAGAUAUUGAUAGACCCUUGGAUCAAAUGCAGUUAACCCGUUCUUUUCUAUCCAUCGGUGAUGCAAGUCAGGAGAUAUUAUCCCCUUUGAUUUCUACAUUCAGAUUGUUGAGGGUACUGGAUAUAUUGGGCAUAAAACUUGAUCAGUUUCCAGGGGAAAUACUACAACUGGUCAACUUAAGGUUCUCGUCUAACCCGCAUGUAGUGACGCCUGAAAUAUUAGACAUGCCACAACUAAGACACAUCAAGUUCAAGGGAAUUUAUGUCUGGUAUGAUGAUAAGUAUAGGGAACAUUUUGUUGUCCAAGAUCAGCUUCAAAGUCUAUCUACCAUACUAGCCUCUGGACUUAAUGAUAGGGUGCUUCAAACAAUUCCGAACUUGGGGAAAUUAGGAAUCUUUUGCGAUGAAAAACUUGAUCAUGUAAUAGAUCUAUCCCGUCUUCAUAAUCUCCACACACUCAAUUGUACAUCCUCCAAGUAUCUCAAAGACAACCUCUUGUCCAAUCUCAAUUUUCCGUAUUCCCUCAAAAAGUUGUGUCUGGAUGAUUGUGGAAUUUGUUAUCGGGAUAUGAGUAUAAUCGGUAGCCUGCCCAAUCUUCAAAUUCUCAAAUUAAGAGGUUGUGAAUUCGAAAAUCGAGAGUGGGAGCCAAUUGAAGGGGACUUCUGCGAACUAAAGUGUUUGAUAAUGGAAAAGUUGAAUCUGGUAUUCUGGACAGCGGAUGAUAUCUGUUUCCCAAGACUUGAGCACCUGGUUAUUCGACAUUGCGCACAUCUUAAUGAAAUCCCUUCUGGCAUCGGAGACAUUCCAACACUCCAAGUAAUUGAGGUGCAUGAAUGCAAACGUUCUGUGCUGGAUUCAGCAAGAAUGAUACAGGAAGAACAGGAGAGCUGGGGCAAUGAAUACCUUGAAGUUCGUUUCGGCACUUUGUAGCAGUAAUAAUUAUGUGUUCUUCUUCCUCCACUUGUUCAUUACCUUCAUCAGAGGCAAUUGUGGAUCGCUAAACACUGUUGUUUCUUCGUUAUGAAUCCAUUACUUUUCAAAUUGUCUUUCU